ACAAUUUCAGAUAUUUUAAGUUUUAAUCGUAGUCAAUACCUAAAAUAAGGUAAUUUCCGAGGAUUUUUCUUGAGUUCUUGUGAAGCUACUGCACUGUAUGCGACAUUGAUAAGCUGUUACUACCUAGCCGGAAAGAUAACACAGAAUCAAAAAAUUUUAUAUCAUUAUUCGUCUGUAUUCAUGAAUAUUGUUUAACAAAAUAUGAUGAUCAUCGUGACAAAGUAAGAAAGUACCUGGUGGCUAGCCAAGUAGAUAUUCAUGGUGUUUUGUAUCCAUUGAAAUUUGAUUGUGUUGCAGCAGCUCAUCUAUAAAACGUAAAUUAUUUUUACUCGGCAAAAGGCUUUCAAAAGACAGCUUAUUAUUAACUUAUCAACAGUAGUAAUUCAAUGUAUGUGGGAAUUGAAUUUUUGGAUUGAAAUUUAAAACAAAUUAUAUUUUUAUUAUUGUACGGUAUUUGUUGUCGGGCAGAUAAAUGGAGUCAACCGAAAUAAAUGGUAACUGUGAGGCCAAUACUGAAACAAAACUAACAGAAUGUGUUGUGAAGGAAGAAACUACUGAAUGUACAAUGAAGGAGUUAACGACUGAAAGUGCUGCGGAAGAACAAACGACAGAAUCUGUUGUGAAAGAGGAAGCCUGUGAUUUGAUCCUUAAUUCUCCGUCUGUUGAGUUUACUAUCAUACACAACAAAGACAAAUACAUAGUUUCCAUGCCAUUAUUGUCUACAAUUGAGCAACUUAAAAACAAAUUGGUUGAUAUAAUAGGUGUUCCAAGCAAGAUGCAAAAAAUCAUGAUCAAGGGUUUGGCCAAAGAUGAUCAAACUUUAGAGUCUUUGAAUGUCAAUUCCUCUUCCAAAAUAAUGGUAGUUGGCGCCAAGUUACAAGAUAUUGUAGCCAUAUCUUUAACAAAUACUGAAGAGGAAUCGAGUUCAUCUAAAUCAGGUUCAACAAGUAAAGAACCAUUAUGUAAGAAAAAAUUGCAUCAAAAAGUGUUGGAACGUGGUAUACCUGAUGAUGCUUUAGUUGGAAUUUUAAAUAUUAAGGAUCCGUUACCACCACAUCCUUUAAGUGGAAUGCUUAAUAAGCAUGGAGGAAAAGUAAGACUGACAUUUAAAUUGGAAGUGGAUCAACUUUGGAUAGGUACUAAAGAACGAACUCAAAAAGUAGCCAUGAAUACAAUUAGGCAUGUGGUUAGUGAACCAAUUGAAGGACAUGAAGAGUAUCAUAUAGUGGGUUUUCAGUUGGGAACAACAGAAGCAUCUCGUUAUUGGGUAUAUUGGGUACCAGCACAAUAUGUAGACUCCAUAAAAGAAGCUAUAUUUGGUGGUUAAUCAUGUUGUUAAAACUCUAGUCGUUUUUUUCAUACAACCUCAUUAUUAUAUACAUUCAUUUAAAACAAAUUAUAUAUAUGAAUGUUUAAUUUAAUUUUAACA